AAAUACUUUGAAACUCAAUACUGGUUUUGGAUAAUGCGUAAACUAAAAAUUAAGAAAAAAAACGAGAGGUGGUUACUCUGAAACGAGCGGAGGACCUCUUCUUCUUCUUCAGUAACAUAGAAGAAGAUGAUGAACACACUCCAUGCAUUUCAGACAACCUUAACACCAAACUUCCAUGUUCUUUUCAAUGCCUCGAGACGUUCCUUUUCCAGACCCCAAUUUCUCUGUCUCUCAAAAUCGGGAGACGGAGCUUCAGAUUCUGAUUCUGAUCCCGACCCUCCAAAGCCCGAAGGUGAUACUCGGAGACAAGAACUCUUAGCUAGGAUCGCCAUGAUUCAGACUUCCAAGGUCCGUUUAACUGAUUUCUUGGAUGAACGAUCAGAGUAUCUCACCAAGUUUGCUGAAGAAGCCAAUGCGGAGUUCGACAAGGUUGGAGAAGACGCCAUGAAAGACCUUGACGAAGCAAGCACAAGGAUACUGGAGAAUAUCGAAAGCAAGAUGCAAGCUUUUGAGGAAUCUGCGGGAUUGAACAGAUUAGAGAUAGAGGAGAACGAUAAUAAGUUGGCUGAUUUUGAGGAGAAGAUCCAAGUAGACAGGAAUGAAGGAUUUUUUUUUAAAAGCUUACGUGACAAAAAACCUGUGGAUGUGGAGCAAGCUAAAGAAGAAGCUGAGAAAGUACAAGAGGUAACCAAAAUAAGUGCGGGAUCAAAGUCAAGAAGGAAUAUUUACCUCGGGUUAAUUGGGAUCGUGGUUCUUGCAAUUGCUGAUUCCUUCGUUUCUGCACCGGAUUGGAGAAAAGUCGCAAUUCUUGGAGCUAUUCUUAUCCCACUGCUCACUCAAUUUGUCUACGAGCAGACAUUAUUAUCAGAAGAAGCAGAUAAAGGAAAAGGAAACAAGAAGGAAUGAACGAGAGACACAGAGAAUUGGACUCCAAUCGAAAGAGAUAUAUACAUAGCUUGAUGGCAUAGACCAAAAGUAGGAAACUUAUAACUUUUGGUUUGAUACGUCAAGCUACAGUGUUUCUUUUGCAUCAACAAAUAUCAUAUCUCGAUGAUGUUUACUCGAAUCAUUCAAACCAAUGUGUUUUUGAUGUAUUUAUAAUGCUAGUUCAUCAGGUGAAAUAGCUAACUUGAUUCUUAUCGA